AUGCAUCAUUUAGCUCCCAAGAAAAGCAAUCUUGUUGGCCCUUGCCCUGAUGCUGCGACAAAGUUUGUCGGAUUUAGAGGAAACGAUCUCCUUCUAUGUCCCAAACCACGAAGACUCGGAUAUGUUGUUUCUGAACUUCUUAAACCGCCGAGGUGUAGUAAUCACGGUCAAGCGAGUAAUGGUGAAGGAGACGGAGUCCUUAACAUGAUAACUGAGAAGAUACUAGACACACGAGAAUCAGAAUGUAAGAUUUGUUCAUUCUCCAAUUAUUAUAUUGGAUCCCCUCCAGGACGAGUAGAGAAUCCUCUUGUUCACGACACACGAUUUAUUCAUCGUCAAAUGGAGUUUUUCUCCCCAAUCACGCGAACAAAGUUAUCUGAUAAAUUUGAGUUUGCUUCACAAACACAAGAGAGUCGAUGA